AUGAAUCCAAAUAUGAUUACGAGACAUGCUAGGGCAUUCCCUUUAAGCGACGCGUUGUGCCUGCCUUCGGGUGCUUCGAAGAAUGAGCAAGGGGCACCACACCAGCGCCCGGGUGUGGUGAUAAGUAAUACUAGGGAGCUAGUUGACACCAUACUUAGGAGGAGGAUUAGUAUAGCUUGCCUUCAGGAGACUAAGUGGGUAGGGGAGAAAGAGAGGGAGAUAGAGGACACAUGUUAUAAGCUUUACUAUACGGGUAAUGAUAGACAUAGAAAUGGGGUAGGUAUCGUAGUAGAUAAACACCUGAAAGAUUCGGUAGUUACAAUAACGAAAAAAGGAGAUCAGAUUAUUUCAGUUAAACUUGUGAUCGGAGAUAGUAUAGUUAAUAUUAUUAGUGCUUACGCACCCCAAGUAGGCUUGGAUGAUCUUAUUAAAGAGCAAUUCUGGGAGCAAAUGGAUGACGUGGUUCAAGGGAUACUUUUUGGGGAGAAGCUAUUCAUAGAAGGCGAUUUUCAAUGGUCAUGUGGGAGUGCAUAA